AUCAGCUUGAGAUGCGACGAGGUAUGCAUCGAGCCCUCCUGUUUCUAUUGAAGCAAUACACUGACCACAUAUGCAGGAAUUACUGAGUUACCUCCACUUCGUCUAUGAUACUUGGUUGCAACUCGCCGGGGGCAACGAAAGUGAAUUAGAGAAGAUCGACUGGAUCACCGUCGAGGCUGUUCAGCUUAGGUGUCCGAAAUUUUCUGCGUCAGAUGAGCAGGCGCUCCGUGGCAUCAUCCUCAGAGGCGAUAUUUUCGGUUAUUUCAGCCAAGCCGAACGGGUAGCAGCAUUCGCGAAGCUGUGCUCGUUCGACUUCCCGAUUCCAUCUCUGUCAACUUUCUUCAAAGAUUUCGGCUAUCUCGAACGGUGCGGCAAUAGUAUGAAGCAUCUAGUCCCUAUGAAGCGAAGGGGCCCGACUGUUCGGAGGAUGCUCCUUCAGAGCUUUAACCCACCGACCUUGCCAGCACAGCCAGAAAGCCCGCUGCUAGACGAAUUCGAUAAUCUUGAGGCUCAGUUUCAACUUGCUAUGAGGCGACUAUGGCUGUUCGCGAUGAGGGAAUUCCACUCCAUUCGCACCGAUCCUAGCCUCUUGCCAAGAUUCGCAAGUCUGGCCGUUGAACUGGGCUUUGACAAUGAUGAAAUUCGUUCUCUCAAAAAGCUUUCUCCUCAUCGGGAGAUAGCAAGGCAGGCAAUGGCAUUAGUCCGGUCUUCGCAGGACCAGGAUUACAACUCCGUGGCAGACGAGGCUAUCAUUGGUCAAAUUGCUCAAGCAUUUUCCGGACACCAACAUGGGCCAAAAAGACAGACCUACAGCGCUUUUACCACCAAUGCAACCACUACGAAGAUGCACGUGCGCCCAUGGCUUGAUUCCAAAGCGUAUUUGAUGGACCGCCCGAAUCUUGUCGUUGAGGUCCUCGACCAACAGCCGAUCGUUAAAAAGAAGGAAGUUACAAGUUUAUUCCUUCUUCGAUCGAUCUACAAAGCCAUUUUCCACAAAGAUAUAGCCUAUCUUGCCGGUGGAAGCAGAGCAGAGCCAAGUCACAGUGAGAAUCACCAACAUGUCCAGAACCACCGGACAAAAGAGUCACGGGAUCAUGCGGCCACACGGCACGCAGAUUCAACGGUCACACUUGAUUCCACGAAUACAAGAACGCGGCGGGUUAGACUGCAAAUCACUCAAGCGGGAAUCAAUCGUGAAGAGCGCCAUGUAGACAUAAAUCUUGACGACAGAAAUGGGCCUAAUCAAAUCGGAAGUAUCAUUCAACAAUUAAUGGUACAAUACCGUGUACUACCUUUCUCACCGAUGGGCUACCCGCUGUUGGCGGAAGAAUGCUACGGAGAAAUUGUGCGAAAAGGCCACGACUGCCUUUACCUCACGGAUGAUAAGCGGGGGAAAAUUCCGAUUUAGGGAUCUUGAUGCAUAGAUUGACAUAAUCGAGUUUACGCCGUCAAUAAUCCAGCGUCCGAGCUUGUCCGUGAAACGUCCAAGAAAUUUCUCAGGCCACCCAUCACCGUUGUCCUCAUGCCGUCCAAGCCUGUCUUUGGGCCGUAUCCGUUGACGUCCCAUGCGCGUCCUCGAACUUGUCCACCAAUCAUUGACGUCCCAUGCGGGUCCUCGUGCCGUCCAAACUUGUCUUCAGCCAUUCGAGCCUGCCCGCCGUUGUCCUAGAGUAGGAUUGUAUGUGAAGGCCAAAAUAGCUGACUCUACCAAGAGCAAGGCUGAGAGCGAUCGCGACUAAGCCGUCUUUGACGUGUCAUCCUCGUAUCUGGUAGCGGCCUAGACCUCCGAUGGCAUGCUGUUGUAGGAGUGGUACAAUAUUGUGCACACG